GGAAGUGGAAAGUCUUGGCGUGGAGAUGGCUGCGUUGGCCCCGCUGCCCCCGCUGCCCCCACAGUUCAAGAGCAUACAGCAUCAUCUGAGGACGGCUCAGGAGCAUGACAAGCGGGACCCCGUUGUAGCCUAUUACUGAAGAGUAGAAGAGAGAGGGAUGUAGAGAGAGAAACAUCAAUGUGAGAGAAACACAUCAAUUGGUUGCCUCUUGCAUGAGCCCUGACCAGGGCCUGGGCCAGGGAGGAGCCUGCAACCAAGGUCGUUUAUAUGCGAUGCAAACUGGAAUGAAGAUUGAUAGUAAAACUCCUGAAUGUCGUAAAUUUUUAUCAAAGCUAAUGGAUCAGUUAGAAACUCUUAAGAAACAGUUGGGUGAUAAUGAAGCUGUUACUCAAGAAAUAGUUGGUUGUGCCCAUUUGGAGAAUUAUGCUUUGAAAAUGUUUUUGUAUGCAGAUAAUGAAGAUCGGGCUGCACGAUUUCACAAAAACAUGAUCAAGUCCUUCUAUACAGCAAGUCUUUUAAUAGAUGUCAUAACUGUGUUUGGAGAACUUACUGAUGAAAAUGUGAGACACAGAAAGUAUGCAAGGUGGAAGGCAACAUAUAUCCAUAAUUGUUUAAAGAAUGGAGAGACUCCUCAAGCAGGGCCUGUUGGAAUUGAAGAUGAUAAUGAUGUUGAAGAAAAUGAAGAUGUUGGAGCCACCUCCCUGCCCACUCAGCCACCUCAGCCAUCAUCUUCAACUUAUGACCCCAGCAACAUGCCUUCGAGCAACUAUACUGGAAUACAGAUUCCUCCUGGUGCACAUGCCCCAGCAAAUACACCAGCAGAAGUGCCUCACAGCACAGGUGUAACAAGUAAUACUAUUCAACCUACUCCACAAACUAUUCCGGCCAUUGAUCCUGCACUUUUCAAUACAGUUUCCCAGGGGGAUAUCUGUCUAACACCCGAGGACUUUGCUAGAGCUCAGAAAUACUGCAAAUAUGCUGGCAGUGCUUUGCAAUACGAAGAUGUCAGCACUGCUGUGCAGAAUCUGCAGAAGGCCCUCAAGUUACUGACUACAGGCAGAGAAUAAAGCCUUUGUACGGCAGAUCCAUGCAUUUUUGGCUUAAAGAACUAACAGUCCAUUAGUCUCUAUCUUCCGCCUGACAGGAGCACAGUUUUAAGGAAGACUUCAGUUCCAUUGACUAUAACAAUGAAACCUGUGUCUGUGUAUCAGAUCCUGUUGAAGCAUUCGUCAGUGGCCUCAACCAGUUUUUAUUGCCCAUUUAGUGGAUCCAGUAAUCUCAGUGUAUCGGGCUGAUGUUAGCAAGAUCCUAAAAAUGCCCAUUGAACUCUGCAUCAAAAAAUGAAAAUACAGUUCUAAAAAAAUUAUUGGGAAUAAGCAUUGUACCUUAAUUUACAUGAUUAAAAGAAUGUUUUAAUUUCUAAUUUGAACAAACAGAGCAUAGUACUUUGCUAUAAAAUUUUAAUUUUAAUAAAGAUGGCCAGAACAUUCCAGAUUAGAAAUCAUGCCUUUUGUUUUCCUCAAAACUUAUAAGACAGAUACGAACAUCCUAAACUGUUAGAUUAAUCUGAAAGAGAUUAUGUUCAAAAUUCAAUUUAUAUUCAUGUUAUAACUACAUUAAAAGUUUAAAUUUUCAUGGAAAAGAAGCAAGAUAAGGAGGUAGAAUCACUUUUAGACAUAAGAAGGAUGUUGGUUUCCCAACUGCUUUUCCUUAUCCAUUGAAGCUUAAGGUGAAUUGGUAUUUGCUUCAUAGGCAGCUUGACUGCAUGUAUAAGAGAAUGAAAAAACAGUUUUUUAGUGAUGCCUGGAAACCUGGUGCUUUAAGUUAGGAUUAUCCUCUGCUGCUAUGGAAUGGUUCUCUAGAGUGAUAGCUAUGAAUGAUGCAGAAGUUUAUAAGAAAUUAGAUUUUCAGCUGUUAGGUUUAUAAGUUUUAUGGGGAAUUUUGGAUUUAAUGUGUCACCUGCAUUUGUGCUGUGUAAGAAAUAAAUGCAAGGAUUCUUUUCACUAGUUCAGUUAACUACAGAGCCAAAUGUCUGUUUUAAUUUGCAUGCUAGAAUUGUCAUUUUUAAGUCAUUAUUUUUAGUUACAGGAAUAUGAUAUUUCUUUAGUAAGACACAAUUUUCUUUAAAAGAGAGAGAUAAAUUUGGUAAACUUACCUGUAACGUAUCUGGUCCAUUUAUUCCACUAAUAUUGAAAUACUUUAACAUAUGGGUCAGCAAACUAUGGUCCAUGGCUUGGCCACCUGUUGUUCAAAUAAAGUUUUAUUGAAUCAAAACCGUACCCAUUCAUUUGUUUUAUCUGUGGUUGCUCUCCACGACUGCAGAAUUGUAUUUCCUACAAGUCUAAAAUAUUUACUAUUUGGCCCCCUAAGAUAAAGUUUGCUGACUCCUGAUCUCAUAGUCUAUCUGAAAGAAAAUGAAUUAUUAACUCCUAAUCAUUUGUGUCUUUCAGUUUUUCUUUGCAUCAUUGUAAUGCUGUGGUAUAGGUUUGAUAGAAUGAGUAUUCAGACAGAAUAAACUGUUCUAAAUUAUUGAAAAAACAAGCCCCAAAUAACAUGCCUCAUGAUUAAUGUUCAUAUCUUUCACAAAUAAAGUCCUACAGCAGUU